UGCUGCCCUCAUCUGUCUUUCGGGCCUCCCUAUACAUGAUGUAUGGCUGCGAGCCUGAGACCAGCUUAUGGAAGUGUGGUCGCUUGACAUGCUCUGCUAUUGGUCCCAUGACGAGUUGAAACAUCUUGAAAGGGCUUCUUCCAUGGCCCUGCUCUGUAAUAGGCUUGCUAGGAUCCUAGAAGUCCUAUAUGGUACUGAACUUGGUCCAAUCUGAACCUGAAAACAGUAGCCAGCCCAAGACACUGGAUGAUCUUUUUAGAUUGACAUGGCAAGACUGGAUUACAAAGUCCAUUUGACUUCGCCUUCACUGCCCAACGCCCCUUUUCCCAGUUGAUAACUGAGGGUUAACUGAGGUCGGACAGCGCAGAAAAAACAACAGGGACAGACAGAACAGUUGCUUAUCAUGAGCUGUACAAUUUUGGACUUUAAGGAACCAAUACCCGUGAAUUUCCUUAACACAAUUGACACAGAAGUUAAAACAAUCUUUUGAGUUUGAAGUUAUCCAAACUCCUAUUCAUACAAGCUUGGUUUAUCCCCGACAACUAGACAUCAUUAAGCAUCUUCUUUAAUCAAAUUAUAUCUUAGUUCUCAUCGACCCAAUCAUCUUCUUCCUGUCUACAUCACAGUCUUUUUCUUGCUCUCUUGUUUUAAUAACCCUCCUUACAAGGGAGAAGACGUAGUCCAUGCAUUGUUGUUACUCAUAAGCUGCCAUCGACACUCUAUAAUCAUCUGAUUCCAACAAUGGGUCGAAGUCGCUCCGACGGAUGUAGCAAAGAGAGAUUGCGUUGGACACAAGAACUACAUGAUCGGUUCGAAGAGGCUGUUAAUAAACUUGGUGGUCCUGAUAGAGCAACACCGAAAGGUAUCUUGAGGGCUAUGGGCAUCCCUGGAUUGACUAUCUACCAUGUCAAGAGCCAUUUGCAGAAAUACAGAAUCUCGAAGUUUAUCCCAGAAACCAACAGAGGCAAGUUUGAAAGGAGAAAUAUUUCAGAAAUGUUACCGAAUUUCAGUGCAACAUCAGGUGCUCAACUAAAUGAAGCGUUACUGAUGCAAAUGGAGGUCCAUAGGCGACUGAGUGAUCAACUUGUGGUAGCAACAUAAUUUUUCAUGCAGAUUUAUCUACUAAUGAACAAAACACGAAACUUUGUUUUGCUUUAUUUAUAAAUAAACACCAUGCAUAUGUUUGUUGAUUUCCUUUGUGGUUGGUUAAUUUUUAAGGUUCAAAAGAGCUUGAAGCUUAAAAUUGAAGCCCAAGGGAGAUUCCUUGAGAGAAUUGUGGAGGAAAAUCAAAAUGGAAAUCCAAAACACACCAAGUCUUUCUCUCCGGUAUCACUGCCAUCUCUAUGCGAUUCAGAAUCAAAUGCUAAGGAAUUUGAAACUGAUUCGGAGGGUGAGAAAGUUGAAAUACAGUCUGAAGAAGACUUUCAAGCUCUUAAGAGAUUAAGGACCGACCACCAUGUUUUGCCUUCACGGUAUCAACUGGAACCUCUCAAUCCAGAUCCUUACAAUCAAAACAUGGUUCUUCAAAGUGAUGCAAAAUUUUCACAUCCAUUUCAUGAUGUCAACUUCCCAUGGGACAUUUUGGCCACCUGUCCAUCACCUCUAGAGCCUAGUUUUUUCUAGGUUAAAUAUCACAACAUGUAAUAUUAUUAUGGUUGCAUGGAAUAAAAGUAGUGAAAGCACCAUUGGUCACUGGAAA